CAUGGUCACCCCAUGGUCACCCUGUGGUCUCACCAAAAUGAUGCCACCGUCACCACUUUGUCACCCCAUUCUCAUCCCAUAUUACUUCUGUUCCCUCCCAUUUUCCCCUCAUGGUCGCACACCAUUUUCUGCCCGUGCUCACUCAGUGUUUUAUUCAUCGCUCCUCGUGGUCACUCACUGGUCACCAAAGACCAGCAUAGAUCACCAGAGACCACUGAAGACUUCUGAAGACCACCAGUGACCACCGAAGAGCACCAAAGACAACCAUGGAUCACCAGAGACCACUGAAGAUCACAAAGACCUCCUAAAGACCCCCCAUGCAAGCACAGAAGGGUCGAAUAUGUACUGGAACCUCAUCCUUAUGUCAUCAAUGGAUCUGGGUGGGUGGCAGUGGCUGCGUUUAGGUCAGCAUACGGGGAAAGCAGGGAUGUCCCACCCGUGACCCCUCUCCAAAACUGCUCCUGAAUGAGUUUCCCCCCUCUGACCCUUUUAUUUUUAAUGGGUUUUGGGGAUUUAUCAUCAAUAUUUGCGGAGUGACGGAGGGGGCGUGGCCACAGCGGAGCCGAAAGCGAAAGCAGCGGAGCGCGAUGGCUGCGGGGCUGCGGCUGCUGCUGGCGGGGUUCUUCUGGUCCCAAUAUAGGGUGGAAGUCGCCGCCUCCCCUCCGCCCCCCCCCGCUCCAGUGCGUUGCGCGCUGCUGGAGAAGGAGGGGCGCAGGGGGGGGCUGCCGGGGGGGGGAAAGGCCCGUCCUGCACUGCUGCGCUUUGAGGGGGACGCGGAGACCCCUCCCGAACCCGGCCCGAAGCCCGAAGUCACCUUCAGUGUCAGCGACCCCUGGGGGGCUCUAACCCCACUCGGGGUCCCCCCUCGGGCUCCCCCCAGCUGCGAACUGAACCCCACGAACCCCCAGACCGUCUCUGCCCCAUGGAGCCGCCCUCUGCACCCUGACGCCCGCAGCCCCCCAACCGCGGGGGGGCAGUGGUGGUUGGCGGCGGUGGGGACCCCCCAGUACAGCGCCACUGCGCUGCUGCAGGGGGGGGCGGGCACAGAAGUAACCAUCGCUGCUGCCGGUAAGGGGGUGCCUCGGUGUCCCUCCCUGGGUGUUCCCAUGUCCCUAUCCGUCUCUCAGUGCGUCCCCAUGUGUCCCUAUAACACCCAUGUGUCCCCAUGUCCCCUCACCUUCCCAUGUCCCCCAGUAUCCCCAUGUUCCCUAAUAUCCCCAUGUCCCCUCACAUCCCCAUGUCCCCUCAAUGUCUCCAUAUCCCCUCAGUAUUCCCAUGUCCCCUCACCUCCCCAUGUCCCCACAGUGUCCCCAUGUCCCCUUACCUUCCCACAUCCCCCAGUGUCCCCAAGUCCCCUCACCUCUCCAUGUCCCCAAGUGUCCCCAUAUCCCCUCACCUCCCCAUGUCCCCCAGGGUCCCCAUGUCCCCUCAUCUCCCCAUGUCCCCUCAUCUCCCCACAUACUCCAGUGUCCUCAUGUCCCUCCAAUGUCCCCACGUCCCCUCAGUGUCCCCAUGUCCUCCUGUGUCCCCAUGUCCCCUCACCUCCUCACAUCCCCCAAUGUCCCCAAAUCCCCUCACCUCUCCAUGUCCCCAAGUGUCCCCAUAUCCCCUCAUCUCCCCAUGUCCCCCAGUAUCCCCAUGUUCCCCAAUGUCCCCAUGGCCCUUCACAUCCCUAUGUCCCCUCAAUGUCUCCAUAUCCCCUCAGUGUCCCCAUGUCCCCUUACCUCCUCACAUCCCCCAGUGUCCCCAAAUCCCCUCACCUCUCCAUGUCCCCAAGUGUCCCCAUAUCCCCUCAUCUCCCCAUGUCCCCCAGUGUCCCCAUGUCCCCUCAUCUCCCCACAUACUCCAGUGUCCUCAUGUCCCUCCAAUGUCCCCAUGUCCCCUCAAUGUCUCCAUAUCCCCUCAGUAUCCCCAUGUCCCCUCACCUCCCCAUGUCCCCACAGUGUCCCCAUGUCCCCUUACCUUCCCACAUCCCCCAGUUUCCCCAAGUCCCCUCACCUCUCCAUGUCCCCAAGUGUCCCCAUGUCCUCCUGUGUCCCCAUGUCCCCUCACCUCCCCAUGUCCCCGCAGUGUCCCUGGCGGUGCUCACCAACACCCCAACACUCCGGGUCCGUGUGGGGUCCCCCACCCACCUGCACUGCGCCUUUGCCGCCCCCCCGUCCCCCUUUGUCCUCGAAUGGCGUCACCAGAGCAGGGGUGCGGGUCGGAUCCUUCUGGCCUAUGACAGUUCCACCGCCCGCGCCCCCCACACCACCCCCGGGGCCGAACUGCUGCUGGGGACACGGGGUGGGGACGGGGUGACGGAGGUGACGCUGCGCCUGGUGAGGCCAUCACCAGGGGAUGAGGGCACCUACAUCUGCGCCGUGUUCCUGCCCCAUGGGCACACGCAGACGGUGCUGCAGCUCGACGUCUUUGAGCCCCCCAAGGUGACGCUGUCCCCAAAGAACCUGGUGGUGACCCCAGGGACAUCAGCAGAGCUGCAGUGCCAUGUGUCUGGCUUCUACCCCUUGGAUGUGACAGUGACGUGGCAGCGCCGCGCGGGGGGCUCGGGGCCAUGGCGAUCGCCGGGGGGCACAGUGAUGGACAGCUGGACAUCGGGCCACCGCCGGGCUGCUGAUGGAACCUACAGCCGGACGGCGGCAGCACGGCUGAUCCCCGCACGUCCCCAACACCAUGGGGACGUCUACAGCUGCGUCGUCACCCACACUGCACUGGCCAAACCAAUGCGCGUCUCCGUCCGACUGCUCGUGGCUGGCACUGAGGGGCCACACCUGGAGGACAUCACGGGGCUCUUCUUGGUGGCUUUUAUCCUCUGCGGCCUCAUCCGUUGGCUCUACCCUACAGCUGCACGACCCGAAGAGGAAACCAAGAAAUCACAGUGACCUCCACUCCAGCUCUCAGCACCUCAGCUUCGGAUAAAGAGUUUUUCACCCCAAAAUGUGCUGUCUCCGUGUGGUGGUGUCCUCACAAACCAGAUCUGGGUGUAUGGGGGAGGGAACUGGGGGCAAACUGGAAGCACUGGGAGGAAGUCUUGGGUUGGUGAGGCAGCUGAGUGGCACUGGGGACAUCUGGAUGCCAUCCCCUAUGGACAUCUGUGUGACAUGGGGAUGGGAUUGGGUGACACUGGGAUCCCAUCCCAAGUUGGACAUGGGGAUGCCAUGAGGGACGGCCAGGUCCCAUCGCAUGUUGACAUCCGGGUGACAUUGGGUGGUCAUUUCCCAACCCAUGGAGGCAUCUGGAUGACAGUGGGGACACCUGGGUGGACAUCUGUGUCCCAUGCCACACGGACCCCUGGAUGGCAUUGGGAAUGGACAGGUCUUGUCCCAUAGAGGACAUCUGGGUCCCACUAAGGACAUCAGGGCCCCAUCAGGGUACAUGACUGGGUGAUGGUGAGGUCACCAUGAU